CUUGGCAGUAGCAGUAACCAAGCGUACUUGAGCUAGUUAGGUUGAGUUGAUGCGUUUAUUCCAAGGAUUUUGUUUUGUUUUUAGCCCCUUGCUAUUGCCGACCCGCAAUUAUGGACCAGCAACUCUCAUCUGAGAAUGAUGAUUCAGCUGUCUCCCUCCCUCUGUCCUCUCUACGGCUCCUGGUUCCACCAUUGAGGCUGAUGACUGCGUUCAUGUGGCAAGUGGUGCAGCAGAAAAAAAUCAUGCACUAUGACAAGCUUGAUGAAUUUGUUACUGUGGUAACAGAGUUGGCUCCAGAGCUGCUUGGUCACAGAGAAAAGAUCCAACUUCUUCUGGGACUGCGUGCCAGGCUUCUUUUAGAGUUAUGUCGUAGCCCAGUAGAUGGACCAACAGUCCAGCACUACUUGGACCGAAUGAAAAUAUGCUGCCUCCCUGCUGAACUGUCAUUGGUGAAAGAUUCAGACAUCGAGGCAUCUAUGGCAAAUUUUGAGAACCUCAUUUAUGCCUUAUUGAAAGAUCCUGUUGAGAAAGCAUAUUUCUUCCAGGAGGUAUAUCCAGUGGAAUAUGGACCCAGAUAUGACACUGCAGUUAAGGAACUGAUGCGGGAAUUACUUUCAAGACUUGAGCAAUUGAUGUCUUUACCAGACAUGGAACAGGUCGUGUCCUGGCUCACUGCUGUUCCUGCUUUUUUUGAGAAAUGUGUGCAGCUUGGGACAAAGGACUUGAAGUUCCUGCUGCAGCACUGUCCAAGUCGCAAACAUUUGAACCCUGCUCCGUCCACUUCGUCCAAGGGGGACAGCAUCCUGAGUUCUCUGGCCACCCCUCCCCCUUCCAUCAAGGUUGUGGUGGCCACAGAGCCUGUGACCUAUCACAUCGCUUCAGACUCGACCUGCGUGGGCAUCCUGAGCACCGGCUCUCUGACGGAUGUCGUGACCGAGACCAUCAUCGUCACCGAGUACUCUGAGGUGGAGCUCAGGACGACCGAGGAGGGCGACGCUGUGACCAUGGAAGAGGACCCGGCCAAUGUCGUUCCGCUGGUCAACGAGGAGAUCGAGGUGAAGAUGCAGAGCGAUGGUCCAGUGGAGGCGACGACUGUGCUUGUGGAGCCGGACCAUGUGAGCGAGGAGAUGGUGACUGUGCUGGAAGAGUCAUCGCAUUUAGCUGAGUCAGUGAAUAGCCAAGUCAAGGAUAACGUUGUGACUGUUUCAAACGAUGCAGCGCAUUCACAAUCGGUGGAUGGUAGCAAAGUAGUGGACUCGCUGCAGAAUGUGUCCGUACAGUGGGAAUCCAUUCCAGGUGCAGUGGUCCUUGAAGGGUCCGUUCCUACACAGAGCAUAGGCACUUGUAGCGUGAUGGAUAUCGAUAUCAAAGACAAUGCACCUUGCAGUGAAGGAACUAGUGAUCUUGCUGUGGAGAAUGUGGCAACCUCAAGCAAGGAUGGGGAGGAGAACAACGAAGGCAACAUCCCCCUUAUCAAAUGCAGUCAGCAAGAUGGCAAAACAGCACCUACAGUGAAACAUUCACCCGAAAGUGAAACCCUCCCAUCACUGAAGGAGUCUGGUGUGGUCGAGGAACUCUCGGCAGACGUCUCAACUCCUGAGGUCCCCGAAGUUCCUCAAGCGGUCACUCCACGUCGCGGCCCUGGGAGGCCGAGGAAGAGCGAGCAGAAGAAGACUGCGGUCAGCACUCCGAGACGAAGGGGUAGACCGCCCGUUUUAAAGAAGGAAGAGGAUGGCAUUGCAGUGGUCGCCCCUCAGUCCUCUGAGGAAGAGAGCGGCAAAGAAGUCUUGAAUGCGCCUUCAGAGUCUGACAGAAGAGAAGACAGGAGAGGGGAGGGGCAGCUACAGGACAACAAUCAGAAUUCUCAUCCGGACCAGCUGAGCAAGGCCACGGAGUCCAAACAGAAUGGCGCAGAUGUUCCCAAGCCCUUUGCCGGCCCUUACCGAACGCGAAGGUCCUCAUCCUCCUCCACCUCCUCCUCAGUCGUAUCCUCGAAGGACCCAGUGGUCAAAAGCCCUCGCUACCGCUACACGUGCGACACCUGCGGCAAGACCUUCACCCGCUCGUCGGACGUGCGCCGACACCAGCUGAUCCACACGGGCGAGCGGCCCUUCCGCUGCUCCCACUGCGAGAAGACCUUCCAGCACGCCUGGGACCUCACCAAGCACCAGCGCAAGACGCACGGCGAGUGCAUCUUCCGCUGCCAGGCGUGCGCCACCGACUUCCCCAACCUGCGCUCGCUGGCGGCCCACCACAAGAAGAGCCACGAGGGGCCCAUGCCGCACACGUGCUCCAUCUGCGGCGAGAGCUUCGCGUCGGCGCCGCCGCUCGUCGAGCACCGCAAGACGCACGGCGACAAGCUCCAGUACAAGUGUCCGCAGUGCGGCGAGGGCUUCGACACGCUCCUGGAGCGCUCCAAGCACCGGCAGAGCCACGUGGGCAAGCGGCAGUUCAAGUGCCCGCAGUGUGACAAGACGUACACGCGGCGGGCCGACGUCAAGCGGCACCAGCUCACGCACACGGGCGAGCGGCCGCACCAGUGUGCCCAGUGCGGCCGCUGCUUCGGCCUCAACUCGGCGCUCAAGAAGCACCAGGCGGUCCACACCGGCGAGAGGCCGCACAAGUGCGAGCACUGCCCCAAGCGCUUCACACUGCUGUCCAUCCUGGAGCGCCACCAGCGCAUGCACACGGGGGAGCGUCCUUUCCUCUGCUCUCAGUGCGGCAAGCGCUUCCUGUCGCUCGGCGAGCUCUCCAAGCACUACAAGUCCCACACGGACGAGCGGCCGUUCCCGUGUACGCUGUGCAGCAAGCGGCUGAAGUCUGCUGGCGCCCAUGAGCACAUGUUGGCGACAGCGGCGAUGGCGGUCGUAUUCGAUGCUUGGUACUCGCGCAAGCGCUCACAAGCCGUUCGCGCUGACCCGACACCACCUCAUGCACACGGGCGAGAGGCCCUUCGCGUUUCAAGAUUCGGCGACAAGACCUUCCUGACGGGCGUCGAGGUGGCGCCAGACGAAGCGCAGCACACGGGCGAAGCGCCCGCGACGCCUCGCACCGAGUGCCCCAUGAAGUUCCGCAGCUCGUCUGAGCUGGCGCGCCACAAACGGAGCCACACCGGAGAGCGGCCGCACGCCUGCACCAUCUGCUCCAGAGUGUUCACCAGCGUCACCAAAUUGAACAAACACACACUGACACAUGCGAGGGACAAAGCCAUUACGUGUGUGAGCUUGCCUGACAAUCCAGAGGGACUGCAUCAGACCGCCAGCAUAGUGGGAGAGCACAGGGUUGUCCUAACCUUAACAACAACCCAGAAUACAGUUGAUAUAUGA